UUUGUUUUGAUCGCUGCAAUUCGCCGGCGACGAGAGACGACGAUGAUCCGAUCACGAAGUGUCUUGUUGAUAUUGAGGAAGGUGUAUCAAUCUUCAUGUGUUAAAUGCUUAUGGGCAAACUCUUUCUCUUCUACUUCAGUUUCGUCAAGCUUGGGUUUUAGAGCGACGAACAAAGAGUUGAACCAGAUGAUAAGAUCGGGUUACAUCGUCGAAGCUAGAAAGAUUUUCGAAAAACUGGAAGCGAGGAACAUUGUGACAUGGAACACGAUGAUAAGUGGGUAUGUGAGAAGGCGGGAAAUGAAUCAAGCACGGAAACUGUUCGACGAAAUGCCUGAGAGAGAUGUUGUGACUUGGAACGCGAUGAUUUCGGGUUAUGUUUCAUGUGGUGGGAUUAGGUUUCUUGAGGAAGCAAGGAAGCUGUUCGAUGAAAUGCCUUCAAGGGAUUCUUUUUCUUGGAACACAAUGAUUAGUGGUUAUGCGAAGAAUCGGAGGAUUAGUGAAGCUUUGUUGUUAUUUGAGAACAUGCCUGAGAGAAAUGGUGUGUCAUGGAAUGCUAUGAUCACUGGGUUUUUUCAGAACGGUGAUGUGAAUCGCGCGGUUGAGUUGUUUCAGAUAAUGCCUGAGAAGGAUUCUUCUUCUUUAUGUGCACUUGUUGCUGGUCUUAUUAAAAACGAGAGACUCGAAGAAGCUGCUUGGUUUUUGGGUCAAUAUGGGAGUAUAGGUUCAGGUAGGGAAGAUUUGGUUUUUGCUUAUAAUACCUUGAUUGUUGGAUAUGGACAGAGAGGACAAGUAGAAGCAGCUCGACGUCUGUUUGAUCAGAUUCCUGAUGGUGAGUUCGGAGACAUAUUCCAUAGAAAUGUCGUAUCGUGGAAUUCCAUGAUCAAAGCUUACUUGAAAGUGGGAGAUGUGGUCUCUGCACGGUUGUUGUUCGAUAAGAUGAAAGACCGUGAUACGAUUUCUUGGAACACUAUGAUUGAUGGAUACGUACACGCUUCUAGGAUGGAAGAGGCUUUUUAUCUGUUUUCGAAAAUGCCAAACCGUGAUACACACUCAUGGAACAUGAUGGUCUCUGGUUAUGCUAGUGUUGGCAAUGUAGAGCUUGCUCGUCAUUAUUUUGAGAAAACACCGGAGAAAACUACAGUAUCGUGGAACACGAUUAUAGCAGCUUAUGAGAAAAAUAAGGACUACAAAGAAGCUUUUGAGAUGUUUAUCCGGAUGAACAUUGAAGGAAAGAAGCCUGACCCACAUACUCUAACUUCUCUUCUCAGUGUAUCAACCGGGCUUGUAAAUCUACGCUUAGGAAUGCAGAUGCACCAAAUCUUUCUCAAGACUGUGAUCCCCGAUGUUCCAGUCCACAAUGCCCUUAUCACUAUGUAUUCGAGAUGCGGCGAAUUAAUGGAGUCUAGAAGAAUCUUCGAUGAAAUGAAGCUCAAAAGAGAAGUAAUCACAUGGAAUGCAAUGAUAGGAGGGUAUGCUUUCCAUGGUAAUGUCUCAGAGGCCUUGAAUCUGUUCUGGUUAAUGAAAAGUAACAGGAUAUAUCCUUCUCACAUAACAUUUGUCUCGGUUCUGAAUGCUUGUGCUCACGCGGGACUUGUUGAUGAGGCUAAAGCUCAGUUUGUGUCCAUGGUCAGUGAGUACAAUAUCACGCCGCAGAUGGAACAUUACUCUUCUCUGGUCAAUGUAAUCAGUGGACAAGGGCAAUUUGAAGAGGCCAUGUGUGUCAUAAAGAGUAUGCCUUUUGAGCCAGACAAGACGAUAUGGGGUGCAUUGUUAGAUGCUUGUAGGAUUUAUAACAAUGUAGGGCUCGCACAUGUUGCAGCUGAAGCAAUGUCGAGACUCGAACCAGAGAGCUCAACACCUUAUGUACUGUUGUACAACAUGUACGCGGAAAUGGGACUAUGGGACGAAGCUUCUCAAGUGAGAAUGAAGAUGGAGGGUAAAAGAAUCAAGAAGGAAAGAGGAUCAAGUUGGGUUGACUCCUCAACAUAAAAAACUUCUUUUUAUGUUCACAAAAAGAUAAAAAAUUAUCGGGAUUCAGAAGUCAGAUAGAAACUGAUAAGCCAUUCAAAUUACUGGUGGCUUCAAAUUCUCCUGUUACAUAUAUACAUGCAUACGUGUAUCGAUAUCGCUGCUGCUUCUCUGAGUCUUCACCGGCG